CUUUCUCCCCUCCCCUACUUUUUGCAUAAGGGGGAAAAGUUGUGUCGAAACUGCCCACCGAUUGCCACCUCCCCAUUAUCCUUCCUUCCCUCCCCUCCCCACUUUUUUUUUUUUAAAAGCGGCAACAUUGUUUAGUGUUUAUUUUGUUUUGCGAUCGAUAGCUUCCUUUGCUUUGUUGGGGCGGCUGCGGAGCGGCGAAGCGGCGUGGACCUCAUGUAGAAAUGACAACAAUGGAAGGGGCGAGCGGGUCGAGUUUCGGAAUAGACACGAUUCUGUCCAGCGCCAGCUCGGGCAGCCCCGGCAUGAUGAACGGAGAUUUCCGCCCGCUCGGCGAGGCGAGGACCGCGGAUUUUAGGAGUCAGGCCACUCCGUCCCCCUGUUCAGAGAUUGAUACGGUCGGAACGGCGCCUUCCUCUCCCAUCUCGGUCACCAUGGAGCCUCCGGAGUCGCAUCUGGUAGCCGACGGGCCCCAGCAGCAUCCGGGCUCCGCCGCCUCAGCCCCCAGGACUUCCACCUCCUCCUUCUUAAUUAAGGACAUCCUGGGCGACAGCAAACCUCUGGCGGCGUGCGCGCCCUACAGCACCAGCGUCUCCUCGCCCCACCACACCCCGAAGCCGGAGAGCAAUGCGGCGCACGAGAGCUUCAGGCCCAAGCUGGAGCAGGAGGACAGCAAAAGCAAGCUGGACAAGCGGGAGGAUUCCCAGGGCGACCUCAAAUGCCACGGAACAAAGGAGGAAGGAGACCGGGAGAUUACGAGUAGCCGAGAGAGUCCCCCUGUGAGAGCCAAAAAGCCUCGCAAAGCCAGGACGGCUUUUUCUGACCACCAACUCAACCAACUGGAGCGUAGCUUUGAGCGGCAGAAGUACCUGAGCGUGCAGGACCGCAUGGACCUGGCAGCUUCGCUCAACCUCACUGACACCCAGGUCAAGACCUGGUACCAGAACCGCAGGACCAAGUGGAAGCGGCAGACGGCGGUGGGCCUGGAGCUGCUGGCCGAGGCCGGGAACUACUCGGCGCUGCAGAGGAUGUUCCCGUCCCACGGCCUGGGGCCCGGGGGCCAGCUGGCUCUCAACCCUCUGUCCAACCCCAUGCCCGGCACCCCGCACCCCCGGUGAGGAAGGGGAACAGAGGCGGUGCGGCAGUCCCUCCCUCGCCUCCUCCCCUAGUCGGAAGGCUGCGCUUCCUCUCCCCGCACCGGCCCAGGGCCUCCCCGGCAGCUGCCCCGGGAAGCCGAGCGAGAGAGGAAGACACUCAGCCAGGGGCGGGGCCCCCCAGGAGCCAGCCCCCGCGCCCCUCUCCCCACCCCCAGGGACGGGGCUGGAGAGCUCCCACAGCAGCGUGACUGGAGAGAACGCUGACCCCACACAAAGUUCGACCAGUAAGUGAAAACAUCAACAAAAAACGAAACCUCAAGUUCUUUUUUUUCUAAAAAAAUGACUUUAGGGAUCAGGGGGAGGGUGGGGGAGGGGCAAGGAGAGAAGCGAGAAGGGCGCGGAGAGGGAACUGCAAGGGCGAGACCUGCAGACAGACAGACGGCCCGAGGCAGAGGGCGUCGCCGUGGACACUCCGUCUGCCCCAGAGAAAAGAGGAGGGUGACUGAGAACUUUGCACUGAUUUCUCAUGACCUUUUUUCUUUUGGAAAAGUGGCAUGCUCCAUAAUAUGGAAAAAAAAGUGUACAUUGGAAAGACCGAGUGAUAAGUGAUAUAUCAUAUUUAUUAUAUGUUGUCCAAAAAAAGAGUCACUUAUAUACGUUAGUAAAAUAUGAUUUUCCUUUUCAUGUCUUUUUGAUUCAGUAAAAUACAUGCUUAGACAAGAAUAUAGAUUUUUUUGUGAUUGAAAAUGACAAAAAAUAAAGUUUAUCUUUUUUUAACAA